CCUAGGCAUCCCCCGGCCCCGCCCUCCUCCCUCCUCUGCUCCCUCCCCCCCUUCGUCCGGCUCUAAGUUGUCAAUCAGGCGCCAGGGCUGAGAUAGGCGACGGCAGCGGGCGGAGACGGGCAGCUACGCCACAGCCCAGCGGCGGCCAUUCGUGGAAAAAUAGGCCGACCUGCUCCUCCCAGCUCCGGCAGCGACCGGCCUUCUCUCGCCGCUACCCCCAGCACCCCGCCCUCGGUCCCUCCCCUCCCUCCUCCUCGAGCCGCGCCUCAGCGGGCGUUAAUGCGGGAUGAGCGAUCAAAAGAAGGAGGAAACUAUGCCUUCCGAGGGAGAGAAAUCUCCUGAGGCUGAGAACAACAAUAAGAACAAAAAAACUGGAGCUUCUCAGGAUUCUCAGCCCUCCCCUCUGGCUCUGUUGGCAGCAACCUGCAGUAAAAUAGGAACUCCUGGUGAGAAUCAAUCAACUGGACAACAGAUUAUUAUAGAUCCGAGUCAGAGUUUGGUUCAGCUUCAGAGUCAACCACAGCAGUUAGAAUUAGUGACAACUCAACUUGCUGGAAAUGGUUGGCAACUUGUUGCAGCUCCUCCUGCUUCAAAAGAAAACAACAACCAGCAAACAUCUUCUGUUAUUUCAACUAUAGCAAGUCCCUCCAAUAGCAACAAUGGAAAUGUAUCUCCCUCAAAAACUAAAUCAAGUAAUUCUUCUGGAGUAACUCCAGGACAAUUUCAAGUCAUCCAACUUCAGAAUUCAGGUGGUAGCGUUCAGUACCAAGUGAUUCCACAAAUUCAGACAACAGAAGGUCAACAAAUUCAGAUAAAUCCUGCUAAUGCCACAACUCUGCAAGAUAUACAGGGUCAGAUUCAGCUUAUUCCUGCAGGGAAUAAUCAAGCUAUCAUUGCAACUGCAAAUAGAACAGCUUCUGGAAAUUUUAUUGCUCAGAAUUUGGCAAAUCAAACAGUGCCUGUCCAGCUUAGGCCUGGUGUUUCUAUUCCAUUGCAGCUACCUAUUGCUGGUACUCAGGCUCAAGUUGUAACUUCAUUGCCUAUAAAUAUUGGGGGAGUGACUCUAGCAUUACCUGUAAUAAAUGUUGCAGCAGGUAGUAGUUCUGGACAAGUUGUCCAAUCCACUGAUAGUGGGCUAUCCAAUGGAAACCAGCUGUUGUCCACACCUGUCACAACAACUUCUGUUAGUGCUAUGCCUGAAUCUCCUACUUCCACUUGCACAACCACAGCCUCAACAGGAUUAACAGGCAGUGAAACAUUAGUUAAUACUGGAGAAACAGGCCAGUAUGCAAGCACAGCAAAUAGUUCUGACACUAGUACUGAAGAAGCUCAAACUACCACAUCUGAAACAGAGGCACAAAAUUCUAGUCAGCUUCAAUCCAAUGGAUUGCAAAACGUACAGGAUCAGUCAAAUUCACUACAACAGGUUCAAAUAGUAGGUCAGCCUAUUCUCCAGCAGAUCCAGAUCCAACAGCCUCAGCAGCAGAUCAUUCAAGCAAUUUCUCCACAAUCUUUCCAGCUUCAGUCAGGACAAACUAUUCAGGCUAUUCAGCAACAAUCAUUGCAAAAUGUUCAGCUGCAAGCAGUGAGUCCAACACAAGUACUCAUUAGAGCACCAACUUUAACCCCAUCAGGACAAAUCAGCUGGCAGACAGUACAAGUCCAAAAUCUUCAAAGUCUUUCAAAUCUCCAAGUUCAAAAUGCUGGGCUACCCCAGCAAUUAACUAUUACCCCUGUGUCUUCAAGUGGUGGUACAAUUGCGCAAAUAGCACCAGUAGCUGUUGCUGGCACACCAAUAACACUUAAUGCUGCUCAGAUUGCUUCAGUGCCUAAUCUUCAAACCGUAAGUGUGGCCAACUUGGGUGCUGCAGGUGUUCAAGUGCAAGGAGUGCCAGUCACUAUUACAAGUGUUGCAGGUCAACAACAAGGACAAGAUGGAGGAGUGAAAGUACAGCAAGCAACAAUAGCUCCUGUAACUGUAGCGGUUGGAGGUAUAGCUAAUGCAGCAAUGGGUGCUGUUAGUCCUGAUCAAAUAACUCAAGUGCAGCUGCAACAAGCUCAGCAAGCAUCUGAUCAAGAAGUGCAGCCUGGCAAAAGAUUAAGAAGAGUUGCUUGUUCAUGCCCUAAUUGUAGAGAAGGGGAUGGAAGAAGCAGCAAUGAACCAGGAAAAAAGAAACAACAUAUCUGCCAUAUUGAAGGCUGUGGUAAAGUAUAUGGGAAAACAUCUCAUCUCCGGGCACAUCUUCGUUGGCAUACAGGGGAAAGGCCAUUUGUGUGCAAUUGGAUCUUCUGUGGGAAAAGAUUUACAAGAAGUGAUGAAUUGCAGAGACAUAGACGAACCCAUACAGGGGAGAAAAGAUUUGAAUGUCCAGAGUGUUCUAAAAGAUUUAUGCGAAGUGAUCAUCUCUCCAAGCAUGUCAAAACACAUCAGAACAAGAAGGGUGGAGGAACAGCCCUUGCUAUUGUUACCUCAGGUGAAUUGGACCCUUCAGUUACUGAGGUUCUUGGAUCUCCAAGGAUUGUUGCAGUAGCAGCCAUUUCUCAAGAUUCAAAUCCAGCAACCCCAAAUGUUUCAGCAAACAUGGAGGAAUUCUGAAAUAAUAUUACAUAGAUGCCUAGAACUGCACUUAAGUUUACAUACUUUUCAAGAUAAAGAAGUGGGCUGAUAAAAGUGUAUAACAGAGCAGAAUAUCAUGUAUUCAGUCUUGAUUACUAUAAGUAUUCCAAGCUGGAAAAUUAGCAUAGAAAGUGUACUUUGUACAAUAAGACAACAUUAAAAAAACAGAAUCAAUUCAUAGAGAUAAAUUAUGGAUAAAACAGAUUAGGAAAAUAUUAUUCUCACACAGCACUGAUUUCUGUAGCUCUGUAUCGUAUAAACAAUUUUUAAUUGGAUUUAUCGGAUAUAAAUGUUUGUUGUAACAACAAACUAUAAGAAUAUGCAACAGAAUUGCUGCUGAUUAAAGUUUUCCUUAAAAAAUAUAUAUAGUAUUUUCAUGGGAAUUUACUUUGUCCAAAAGACACAAAAAUGUGAAGUACUCUGGUGAAGAUGAAAACUUUCUUCUUUGGGCCAUCUUUAUUCAUUUGUUAAAAAUCAGAUGGCAGCAUAUGAAAUGGAUCUGAGGUACAUCUCAGAUAAUUGUGGCCGCUACAUUAUAGUAGUGUAUAUAAUGACAAUCAGUAAACACAGAUUAUCCUCUUUCUAGGAGAGAUGAGAGAUCUAAAGAGCCAGUUUAUUCUGCAGUAAAUACUGAAUUUUAGAAAUAUAUUGACAUAAAACUUUAAUUAAUUUCUAUGUAAAAAUUAAAUUUGAUAAUAUGUGUUAAAAAUCUCGUAUCUUAAUUCAUCCCAUUUCAUAACACAGGAUCUAUUGUUAAAAAGUGCUUAAUCUCUGUUUUGAAGCCAGUAAUUUAAAUAUUUAAAUUUUAUUCAACAUUUGUUGAUAAUGGAAAGUAGAAUGUUAUAAGAAUGUAGCAUUUAUGCACCAUUUAUAACAUUUUUUUCAAUAGCAAAAAUUAUGAUAAAUAUACUGAAAAAUUUAGAAUUAAUCAAACUAACCAAAGAAAAAAUGAGCAACCAAAAGUAUGACUCUGAAGUAAUGAUCUGUUACCUUUAUUCCUUAUGAAAAAUAUUGGCUGGGAUCCAAAGAGCUAAUUUUGGUUUGCUCAGGAGUUUCCAGCAAGUAAGAAGAUUUCAACCUUUUCUUUCCUUUGAAAAAUAUCUUGUGCCACUUAACAAAUUGUGGUGCCCUGGGUGCUUAGUUAUUUGCUAAUAUACUAGGUAACAUCCUCAAUGAUAGAAGGAGUGGUUCUGAUCUCUGUUUAUAUACUGUAACUUGCCCUCUUAGUAGGGUUGAGUUGUGGUUUUCUCGUCGGUAGUCCCUUGAUUAGCCUUUUGUAUAUUGCUUGAUUGUUUGUCUGAGUUGGUACUCCCAAUUAAGGUUUAUAAUAACCAUUAUGUAAGACAGAAGGCUAGCAGAAUGCAGUUAAUGAUAGUUAGUUAGAAGACAAGAUAAAAAUUGCUUCAUUUCAUAAUACAUGGAGAGAUUUAAUCAUGGUUUCAAUGGGAAACUCUCACCAUUCUAGACCAAACCAAAUAAAAAAAUGCUAGGGAAUUCCUGGAAGUAAAGUAGGUACAUAAGAUAAACAGGUAGGAUGUUUAGAUGCAUAAAGAUAAACGACAUUUAAUUAUCAUUCAAAAAAGAAUAAAAAAACUAAAAAGAAAACAAAAAAAAUCAAAACAUCUCUUCUCCAACAAUCAAUACCCAGGAAAACAGAGAUUAAUACCAGACAAUCAAGCAGUAAAUAACAGUAUAGUCAAAGAACUACCAAGAAAAAAAUGUCGUCCCCAUCUAUUUUAACAGGGCAAGUUGCUGCACAACUCAUUCACUCACAUCACUGAGAUGUUAUCUAGUCUGGUAGAGAAACGUCUGCUUAAGCAAACAAUCAAGAGAGUACCAAGAACUCCACAAUUCCAAUGCUGAGUUAUAUGUAUUCUCUUCUAUUGAUUUAACAGUUUGGAUGCACAGAGUAUUUUGCAAAAGUUUUUUGGAGUCUAGCAAAUUUUUACAUGUUUCCCUUUCUAUGUCACAGAAACUAAACAAACCAGUGAACAGUGAAAAAAUAAUUAUUUUCAUUUUUCAGAAACAAAAUAUAUUCUGAACAUGUAUGGAGGUGAUGUGUCUCUAAUGUGGGUUUUUUAAAUAACAGUUCACUGAAAAAUGGUAAAACCAAAUGAAAAUUGUUACAGAUCCAGUUCUUUUUACUGAUUGCUAUUCAUCCAAUUUGGUUCCUUGGGAAGGAAUACACAUUUUGUCUAUAUAUCGAUUGUUAGCAUCUAGAUGAGCAUAUUGGUUUAUGGACAGGAAUCUUUAUCUAUCUUAAUUGCAUUGUGAAUUUUUUUUCCUGUGCAACUAUCUUUUGCUGCAUUGUGACAAUCGGAAUGCAGAAAAAAAUAAUAUGCUAAAAAUACUUCAGGUUUUUAAACAAUUUUGACAUAAAAUUAUGUUUUGCAAUCUACCCUGUUGAAAAUUUCUCAAGAACACUUUUUACAUUUUUAUAAUAAAAUAUUUGGGUGAUAUAACUUAAAAAUACAAUGCAGGCAAUUAAAACUUUUCCUUUACCAAUAUACUUUGUGUUGGGAGCUGCUUGAAACUUCAAACAAACAACUUUUAUAAACAUAUACAAGUUCCAGUUUUGUGACAUUGCAUGGGUUUUUUAAAGACAAAGAUCUACUGAUAGUUGCUUGUACUAUGUACACUUUAGGAAAGCCCUGUGUAGUGACAUAUAAAGCUGAAAGUCUUUCAUACUUUGAGCUCGCACAUAUAACAAAGAAACAAUUUUACACUGUGGUAAUAAAUUUUAAAUUUCUUAUACCUUUUUGUAAAGAUUGAACACACUUUAAAUAUUAGUUGGGAUUUUUUUUCUAUCAUUUUGUAUAUCUUAUUUAAAGUAUUCUCAACUGAUAUAUCUGGCUUUAAAACAUCAAAUUGACAAUAUAUUUAAUAUAGAUGGCCAUUAGAUAAUACUAAUUAAUGUCUGCUGUAGAUUAAUUUCAACAUCAAAUGAAUAUUUAACAUUAUGCUUUACAAUCAGUGCUAAAAAUAGUUAAGCAAAUGACAUUUCCUAACAGAAUCAUGUUAAUAGAUCUUUAAAAAAAAACUUUAUAAAUUAAAAGAUUGAGUACUCUGCACAAUUGUUAAAUAUUCCUUUUGCAUAUUUAAGUAUGCAGAUACAAACUGAAAAUUAUUGUAAUCUGUGGCAAGUAUAUCAAAAUUUGUUUGGUAUCACAAAAUCUAAUAUAGAUAAAUUUGUUUUAGCAGGUGCACUUAUUACUCCUGGAAUUAAAAACAUUUUGAUAGUCUGUUCUGCAUACCAUUCUGAGUCCACUUUUCACUCUUAGAAGAAUCGUAAAUUUCAAUGUCCUUUAUUUGAUUCAGUGAGAUGUAACUGUUGUAUGUGAUAGAGCACAGAUGUGCAGUAGUAGCUUGUUUAAUGACAUUUCACUGUACAUCCCUUGGCCACCAUUAUGAAAUUUUGCUUUAUUGUGUUUACAAGUGCAAAGUAUAUUUAUCAUGAUAGAAUUCCAUUGUUGGAAUAGUUUUUUUUUUCUUUUUAAUAUGCUUUAUUGGGAUAGGAUUGUGUACGUAUUUUCUGAUUACAUUAUAAAUCGGUGUUACAUCAUUAUUUAUCACGUUUCAUGAGAAAAGUAAUAAAAUACGUAAAUUAGAAGAAAAAGUUUUUGUUAGGUAAGCAUGAUGUUUGAAUCCUGUUUUUCAAUUUUAUAAAUGUUUAUUGCAGCAAAAUUUGUAUUUAAGUCUCCAUUUUUGAAACCUUGUGAUUUUUGUUAAUGCAUGUCACAAUUGUCAUCCCACAAAAAUUGAUGUGCAGCAUAAGGUGUUAAAUAUACAUGCUUAUCUUGAAACAGAAAUAGUUGAUGGUCAAAUUGUAAAUGUUUUGCAAAAGAAAACCUCUUAUAAAAAUUUUGUAGUAAUAUUUCACUUGUAAAUCUUUUGUAAGAAAAGAAGAAAAAUAGAAGGAAAACCCAUUCUAGAAUCUACAAAUUAAUUCUGCCAACAAAGUCUUUAAGGCAUUAAUUUUUACUCUGCUGAUUUGUAUAAAUUUUGUGUGUUUUUGUGGAUUUGGAACUAAAACUGUGUAGAUGUUGCCUGCAAUAACACUGCAAGUAACUUAUUAAAUUCUUUUUGAUUUACAUGUA